AUGCAUUCUAACGUUUUGGAAGCAAAGGAUUACACUUCCCAAAGAUGUCUAACUCUGCCAACCCAUGUGGCUACACAAUGUCCAUCAGGGUCUUUGUUAACUCCAAUAACAUCAGUCAACACUAUACAAGACGAGCCUUUAAGAAAAGCGAAUCCAAACUUUGGUAAAGACGCGGUUCAAAUAAGACCCCAAAGAAUUAGUGCCAAAUUGAGGGUUGGUGAAGAAGUCAGAUUUAAAGUUCAAUACCAACAGGCUCAAGAUUAUCCUGUAGACUUGUAUUAUUUGAUGGACUUGUCGGCGUCCAUGGAAGACGAUAAAGAGAAUUUGUCACGACUGGCAAGUCGUUUAGCAAUGGUUAUGUCUAACAUUACUGAUAAUUUUAGACUUGGUUUUGGUAGUUUUGUUGAUAAAACAGCACAUCCCUAUAUCAACACGUCACCAGGAAAAAUUGCCAAACCUUGUACCCUACAAUCCAAAAAACCCUGUGCACCACCUUACUCGUUCAAGCACCAUCUGUCUUUGACAUCGGAACACAGACUUUUUGAGCAAGAAGUGAUAAGAGCACCAGUUUCCGGGAACUUGGACACACCAGAAGGUUGGUUUGGAAAAACAACAUGGUUUUUAUAA